CUUUGAUCGUCGUCCCGCAUCUGGCGCCGGAUUCUCCCUCCCUCCGACAGCCAUCGGUAUUGAUGAUCCGCUCGGCUGUGGCGAACUUGCAUCUGCUUGGCCGUCCCGGGCGGCGGCUGUUCGCAUCGUCUGCAGGCUGUCUGAAGCACAGCGUCUUGUUCUUUGGAUCAGACCGCUUCUCGGUUGCCUCCCUGCGUCGCAUCCUGCAUGACAAAGAGUGCCUUUCGCAUGUCGAAGUUGUCGUCCCUCGAGGAGCCGACUACAAAGCCAGCAACCCACACGACAAAGACGUCCCUCUCAAACGAUUUGCGCUGGAAAACGGAAUCAAGGUCCAUGUUGCCCCGCCGAUCUCACUCAAAGGAUGGGAGAUGCCAGAGUCGUCGGGAUCCCGGUUCGAUCUGGGCAUCGUCGUUUCGUUUGGAUACUUCAUCCCAGCGCGGCUGAUCCAAUGUUUCUCGGCCGGUACCCUCAAUGUUCAUCCAUCGCUACUUCCAAGAUACCGAGGCGCCUCCCCGAUCGAUUAUGCUCUCUUGAACAACGAUCAGUCCACGGGCGUCUCGAUCAUCGAGCUCCAUCCCUCUCGCUUUGACGCUGGCAAGAUCUUGAGACAGGCAUCGAUUGAUAUCCCCGAUAACUGCUACUACCACGAGCUACAUGACAGACUGGCGGAGCUCGGUGCAUCUCAGUUAGCUGAGGUGCUCAGAUCCCUAGAGGCUCACAAGGCCCAAGCCCAGGUGCAGGACUCAUCCAUGGUGACCAAGGCCCCGAAGAUUGUCAAAUCCCAGGCGGCGAUCGACUGGAGUGGCGACACUGCCGAGAAGAUCUAUCGGACCCACCGCGCAAUCGGUCACAGGUUUGCCCUCAUGGCCACAUAUCGAAACAAGAUGAUCAAGUUCAUGGAUCUGCAUCCGCCAAAUGCCCCCCUGAAAUCGCCGUUUUCCCCACCGUGCCCUGGAGCUUCCCCGGGGACGUUCUGUUUCGAUCGUGACAAUGAUCUGACCUGGGUCAAAUGCGCGGAUGAAUGGUUGGGCAUCCGCACCAUCAUGGUCGAUGGGAAAAACAGACCGCUUGGGGGACUGGAUUUCAAAAACGGAUACCAGUACAAGGAUUGCCAAGAAGCGUUUCAAGCAUAUGUGAUGCCUCAAUAAAUCGGAAAUGUAGUCGACCCCACAGCUCAGUCACAAGUGGAGCUCGGAUUGCACAAGCACACACUCACUACCGUGUAGGCCACAAGCGUAUGAGUUUAUCAACCAAUCCAAUAAUAACUGGACACACCGGGGUUUGAGAAUUGGUGAAUGUUAUCACUCAACUCGCGCGCUGGCCAUGAACAUUCGGUGAUGGAAUUCUGGAUCUGAAUCAAGGACGCUUUCUCGCUCAGAUGGCUCACCGCAAGCGAAAGACACCUCCCAGGGGUGCUCACAGUGCUGGGAAGCCAGGCGACUUGAGAAGGUCGAG